AUGUAUUCCGAAUCGCUCCCAGCACCAAAAUGUUGUGGACGUCAAAGAUCUUCUUCUUCUUCUUCUUCUUCUUCUUCUUCUUCUUCUUCUUCUUCUUCUUCUUCUUCUUCUUCUAUGUCUCUUCAAGACUUUCUAUUAUCUAUUUUAAAACGUCUCUCUCUCUCUCUAUCUAUCUAUCUAUCUAUCUAUCUAUGUAUGUAUCUGAUUCUGUCCGUAUCUAUCUAUCUAUCUAUGUAUGUAUCUGAUUCUGUCCGUAUCUAUCUAUCUAUGUAUGUAUCUGAUUCUGUCCGUAUCUAUCUAUCUAUACAUCUAUCUAUGUAUCUGAUUCUGUCCGUAUCUAUCUAUCUAUACAUCUAUCUAUGUAUGUAUGUCUCUGUCCAUACUAUCUAUCUAUCUAUCUAUCUAUCUAUCUAUCUAUCUAUCUAUCUCAGUCUGUCUAUAUCUAUCUAUCUAUCUAUCUAUUCAUUCAUGCUGAAAUCAACGGUUAAGCCUAUAUCUAACUGGCUCAGUACUCUCUCUUUGGGACCCACUUGGAAUACUGACUAUAUCUUUCUUUCUCUCGUACUACUCACCUUUUCUUUAUUUUUCUUUUUACUUUUUACUUCAUUUUCCUUUUUAUUUCUCCUCUCUUCUUACUUUAGCAAGGACCUUCUUUCUUUUUACUUUUUUCUUUCUUUUUACUUUUUUCUUUCUUUUUACUUUUUUCUUUCUUUUUACUUUUUUCUUUCUUUUUACUUUUUUCUUUCUUUUUACUUUUUUCUUUCUUUUUACUUUUUUCUUUCUUUUUACUUUUUUCUUUCUUUUUACUUUUUUCUUCCUUCCUCUCUUUCUCACACUCUUUUCGCUACACUUUCAUUUUCUCUUACUUUUUAUGUUUUAUUUUUCUUUCUUUUCCUCUUUCUCUCUCUCUCUCUCUCCCUCUCUCUCUCUCUCUUUAUCUCUCCCCUUUUAAGUGAAAUCACAAUGUUAGUCUCAGUAACUUUCCAUUCGUCUAAUUGUUCAUUCAGACCCCAGCCUCUUUACCAAUGA